AUGCAUUCCGUUGACCGUCGGCUUCUAAAUCGGACGCGCGGCUUAUUUUUUGCUCCCCUAUAGCUGUUUUCCGUGAGUGCAUUGAAGAAAAAUAAAAUAAAAAACAAAAUCGAACGCUACGUGAUCGCGCGUAUUUUCGACCUUGAAAAAGCCUAGUUGUUAUAUUAUAGUAGAUAGUUGGUUGAGUGAUUAAGAUUAAGUUGCCGCCUGAAGUUUGAUUAAUUUUAAAUAAGUGUCUUGGUGGGGUGUGUUUUUCGAAAAAUAAAAUGCCUACGCAUCAGGUGUCCUUGCGUAUUUUGACGGCGGUGCUAAUAGUGGGUCAAGGUCUUUUGCUGGGGUCAUUGCCAUUGGUAGCCGGUCAGCUGGACGGAAGCUUCUGGUGGACCAAUACGGAUCUCAUCAAGAAGGUAGAGCAGCUCCGCGACGAGAAGGACGUUAAAGCAGUGGUGGUGAAUAACGAAACAGAAAUCGAUUCCGUGCGAUUGCGUGAAAACACCAAUGUAGCGGAAGACACAUUUGUAGACACUCCCGAUUGUUUCUGUGUUCCAAACGAGCAGUGUAGAAGCAUAUCCACGGGAAGGGAUGGACUUUGCGGCAUAGGAAAAACAUGCUGCCGUCGAAAUUACAUCAUACAAACUACCUCACCGAAGCCUCUGGUUCCCGUUUCCCUACAAGACAUCACGAUUUCUUCAGCGAAUCAAUCGCCGCCAGAUGCAGCCAUUCUUUUAGAAAUAACAGCCCUACUCGAGGAACUGAACGGAUCCAACGCACAGUUGGAACCGGAAGCCGAAUUUGUUUUUCCCACGGAACAACCACGUGUUCCGACAUCAAAACCUAUAACAACAACAACAUCUACCCAAAAACCUCGUCAACCAACACCGGUUAUUCCGGUUCCGGUAAAACCGAAAAAAUGCGGCCAACGGCGGGAUUCGAUCGGUGGUCGAGUUCUGUUUCAGGACGAAAAUGAGGAAAGUUUGGAAAACCACCUCACUGGAACUGUCGGCUUCGGGGAGUUUCCGUGGACGGUUUACGUCGAGGAACGGCUCGGCAACGGUAGCUUCCUGUACAAAUGCGGCGGAGCCUUGGUUACCUCGAAUGUCGUUAUUACCGCGGGACAUUGCGUCGCUAAUGCCCGCAACGAUCCGCUAAACUUCCAAAUCGUGGCCGGCGAUUGGGAUCGGCGUCACGAACAGGAGAAAGUGGCCAACCAAAGGCGCACCGUUAGUCGCGUAAUUCUGCAUCCGAACUACUAUUCCGGCUCGCUCUACAAUGACAUUGCGGUCUUAAUACUGACCCAGCAUAUCAACGAUCGGUUGCCCAAUGUGGGCAACGUUUGUCUACCAACGGUUCAACAACGCUUCACCGAGGUCGAUAAGUGUUUCCUUACUGGAUGGGGAGCAAGUCCGACCAGCGCCAAUCAGGAGGAACCAAUUCAACGGUUCACGGCAAUGCCACUGGUGCGAAAGCAGGAAUGUGAGGUCCGGUUGCAACGGUCCGCGGCCCUGGGGCAACGGUUUCGGAUGCACGACAGCUUCCUGUGUGCCGGUGGUCAGCCGGGAUUGGAUUCUUGCAAAGGUUCUGGAGGAAGUCCGCUUGUUUGCGAAAGUGAGGGAGCCUACGUUUUGGCAGGAAUUAUGUCCUGGGGUGUGAGCUGUGGCACCGGCGUUCCGGUGGUGUUUUCCAACGUGAUAUAUCAGACGGGCUGGAUCCGGAAUGUGAUAGAUGGGCUCGAGGACAAUGUGGUUUAUUUUGUUUAGAUUUUUUUUACUCAAAAUGCAUUCAUUACAGAAGAAUUGAGACUUAUUCCAAUCGAAACAUCGAAUAACAAAUUUGUAAAUAUUUAGAAUUAAAUAUAAGAUACUUAUUGGC